UCUUUUUAAUUCGGUUCUUUGCCGUGUCGUUUCGGUGAAGAGCAUCAGAAUGAAGUUCAAUAAGCUCGUCACGUCCUCAAGAAGGAAAAACAGGAAGCGGCAUUUCAGCGCCCCUUCUCACAUCAGGCGAGUUCUCAUGUCCGCUCCUCUAUCCAAGGAAUUGAGGCAAAAGUUUAAUGUGAAAUCUAUGCCUAUCCGCAAAGACGACGAAGUACAGGUGGUUCGUGGACAUUAUAAAGGCCAGCAAGUAGGCAAAGUAGUCCAAGUAUACCGUAAAAAGUUUGUUGUGUACAUUGAAAGGAUUCAACGUGAGAAGGCCAAUGGUGCCACAGCAUACGUCGGUAUCCAUCCCUCAAAGUGUGUUAUUGUCAAACUAAAGAUGAAUAAAGACAGAAAAGCUAUCCUCGACCGCAGAGCGAAGGGUCGCCUGGCUGCCCUCGGAAAGGACAAGGGCAAGUACACUGAGGAAACUGCCACUGCUAUGGAAGCCUCGUGAACACAUAGGAUAUAAGACUAAUAAAAAAGUUAAAAAACCAACA